AUGAACUCAUUAGAGAGUCGCCAGUUGAUAGAAGUAGAGGAAAAUCAUGGGCAGAGAAUGUGGGAUCGUAUAGUAAGUGCUACAGGUGCUAUUUCUAAGGCAGUAGCGGAUAAAUAUGUUGCAAUUGUAAAAGAGGAUGAGGACCACAAUAUAGAUAAUGAAGACCAGUCAAAAGUUUCUAGAGUAUUAAGGGAAUAUUAUAUUCGUAAGACUGGAUGUCUUCCUGAUUGGUUGAUGGACUCCAAGACACCUAAAGUUUCAAGUGUAAAAAGUUUUGAAAGCGCUUCAGGUCAUCAUUCUUCUUCAAAUUUUAAUGCUAUAGAAAGUACAAAGUCUAUGCCUGUGUCAUUUCGUGACAUUUAUGAUUCAACUCCAAAACAUUUUGAAUCUAUAGUAAAAUCAACUACUUUUAGUGUUGAUGAAAGUCGACAUCGAAAUUUAUCUGCUAGUGAACGUUUGCGUGAAAAAUUAUCAACAAGACGGAAUACGGAUUAUAAUUAA